UUAGUACUAGUAGUAACAUUGGCAGAUUGGGUACAAAUGCAAUUGUUGCUGGGGUCAACAAAUGCGGAUGCAGUGUGCUCAUUAUCUGCCUGAUGCUGACAGCUGAGUUCACUAGCUCUCUGAGUGUGUCUUCCUGGAAGAUAUAAAAAAAGAGGAGAGAUUUUCAUGAUUCCAUAGAAGUAAGAGGUUGCCCAAAUAAGGAAUUCUACAUGAACUGGGUGGUUCAUUCAGGAUUCGACAUUCAGAUUACUCGGUAGGUUCAUUAGUGCAAGAUGCCAUGAGAACCUGUGAAGAAAAUACGAUAUUUUGGGUAAAUCGGGUGGUUCACUUAGGUUUUUUGACAUUGAGGUUAGUUAGUAGUUCAUACAGGCAAUAGGCCAUGUUCUCUGUUGUCAACUUAGAUGAAAUAUCUGUGCUCUAAGCCGCUCUUUCGUCGCGCUUACCGAGUGAAGGCCGUCACGAUUUGUAGUACGAAAGAUCAUUAUUAAGGAAGAUGCAUUUUCUGACUGGUUAGCAUUGGAAAACUGUUUGGCCAAUGAUCUUGAACUCCUGAAAUGACCAAAUCGACUUAGCAAUGAGGCACGCCUCUCAAUUUGUUCGGACCUUGCUGCCUGUUUUCAAUGUCUGGUUGUAUGCAUGGAGUCUACAGACCAAUGUCUCUUGCUUUGUGUCUCCCCCUAGCUUUGGACAGCUCUUUGUUCAAUCUUUUGCAUCCACGAUUACAAUUUUUUGUCUCUAAAUACACGAACUGUUGUAAAGAGUUAACGGAAGUUUCUAUCUUUUGCAGGUCGCAGAGCAUUAUGAGCGAGUGGUUGCAACUGACAUAAGUGAGCCCGUGCUGAAGCAAGGGAUUCCGCACCCUCGAGUUUAGUACCUACACACGCCGCCAUCCUUGUCCUAAGACGAAACGGUGGCAAUGGUCGGGGGCGAGGACUCGGUCGAUUUAAUUACGGUGGCUACUGCCAUCCAGUGGUUCGAUGUCCCAAAGUUCUACUCCAUUGCCAAACGGGUCCUCCGCAAGCCUGGGGCCGUGAUCGCUGUUUGGACUUACACCGACCUAAUCGGAGUCAAUCCCGAAGUGGAACAGGUGUCAAGACGUCUGCGCGAAGCCUGUAAGCUGUAUUGGAAGCCGGGAGUGCAGUACGUGUUCGAAGAGUAUCAGACCCUUCCGUUUCCGUUUGAGAGCGUGGGUUUUGGUUGUGAAGGACAACCCCUUCAGCUAGAUAUGCCGAGGGAAAUGAGCUUUGAGACAUUUUUGAGUUGGCAGAGGACCUCGUCAGCAAUAGCGACGGCCAAGCAGAAUGGCGUGGAUCUGUUGACUGAUGAUGUUGUGAAAGAGUUUGAGACUGCUUGGGGCGGAUCUGAUUUGGUCAGGACUGUCAAUUGCAAGGUUUUUAUGCUCGCCGGAACCGUCAAGGCUUGAACGAUCUUUGUUUCUCGGCGCUCUCGUCGGGAGCUCAUUACUGAUAAAAUCUUCCUAGUAGCUACUUUAGCGCCAUUUUGGUGAGGAUAAAUUAGUUCCAGAGUUGGGGAAUAUGCAUCAGCAGCAGCAUAUACUUGCAGAUGCUCCUCCUGAGAACAAACUCGUUGUAAGGCCAAUUUCUCCUGCAAUUGCAAUGGCCUAAUGUUUGGAAUAAUGACAUGCAGUUUACUGCCAAGUGCCAAGUUGCCUUUCAAA